UCCCUCAAUGUAUGGCUCUUCUGGAAAACCUUCUUGCUCUAUUACCAAGGGCUGCAGUAUUAUUAUUUGCAUCAGAUGUUAGGGCUAGGAUUGUGUAUUAGCAGAGCUUCAGCAUCUGUGCUUAAUCUCAACUGCUGCCUGGUCCUUCUGCCAAUGUGCCGUGUUCUCUUGGCCUUCCUGCGAGGCUCUCAGAAGGUUGCCAGCAGGAAAACCAGAAGGCUGCUGGAUAAAAGCAAAACUUUCCAUGUGACAUGCGGUGUUACAAUAUGCAUCUUUUCAGUCUUACAUGUUGCUGCUCAUCUGGUGAACGCUCUUAACUUCUCUGAGAACUACAACGAAGACUUUCUGUCACUGAAUGCAGCGAACUAUCGUGGUGAGGACCCAAGGAAACUGCUUUUUGCUACUGUUCCAGGUCUGACUGGAGUCAUCAUGGUGUUAGUAUUAUUCCUAAUGUGUACAGCUUCUACAUAUGCCAUCAGGGUUUCAAACUAUGACAUCUUCUGGUAUACACACAACCUUUUCUUUGUCUUCUAUAUGCUGCUGAUGCUGCAUGUUUCUGGGGGAGUGCUCAAGUACCAGACCAACUUAGAGGAACACCCUCCUGGUUGCUUUAAUCCUAACAAAACACUCCGACAGAAUAUGACAGUGCCAAACUAUUUUGAAGAGCCGUUUCCUGACUAUACUACUGAGCCUCUCCGAGAGGACUUACCAGUAGCAGAACCCUUUGUACAAAAUAACUUUAUGAGAAUUUGUUCUGAGGAACCCAAGUUCCAGUCACACUUCCCAGAGACGUGGUUUUGGAUUUCUGGACCUCUGUGCUUGUACUGUGUGGAAAGGCUGUACCGCUACAUCCGCAGCAAUAAACCAGUCACCAUAACUUCUGUGAUAAGCCAUCCCUCCAAUGUCCUGGAAGUAAGGAUGGUGAAAGAUGACUUUAAAGCAAGACCUGGUCAGUAUGUUAUUCUACACUGUCCAAGAGUGUCCGCACUGGAAAGCCAUCCAUUCACCCUUACAAUGUGCCCUACAGAUACCAAAGCAACGUUUGGGGUCCACCUUAAAGUAGUAGGAGACUGGACAGACGAGAGUCGCGAUUUGCUGCUCCCUGAGACAGCUGUAUACUGA